GCUGGAAGGUCUCUGAAGGACACUGAUGUAGGAGGGAGGAGCUGGGAGCUCUGGAUCGUCCAGCAGCGCGUGCACGAGAGCAAGAAUGACUCGGGAUAACACAUCAGUCCUAAUGCUUGAAUCCAUCCGCUCGGUUUGCGCUCCUUUUGUCUUUCUCCAACUCUGAACGCGCCCGGCUGAAGGUUCUGGUGCGGUGAAGAAUGCAGAGAGGAGGCGUUUUCUUACGAUGCAGUAAAACCAAAAAAUAGUCUACUGUACCAUAAUCACUGGAAAGAAAAGAGGAUUCUGAUUAGCAAAGAGAAGCAAAGUGAGAAUGGGGCGGAAGAAGAUCCAGAUUACCCGCAUAAUGGACGAGAGAAACAGACAGGUGACGUUCACAAAGAGGAAGUUUGGUCUGAUGAAGAAGGCGUAUGAGCUCAGUGUUCUGUGUGACUGUGAAAUAGCCCUGAUUAUCUUUAACCGCUCCAAUAAGCUCUUCCAGUACGCCAGCACAGACAUGGACAAGGUCUUGCUCAAGUACACCGAAUACAACGAGCCUCACGAGAGCAGAACCAACUCAGACAUUGUAGAAGUGCUGAACAAGAAGGAACAAAGAGGUUGUGACAGCCCAGAUCCAGAAGCUUCAUAUGUCCUCACGACUCACGCGGAGGAGAAAUAUCAGAAGAUUAAUGAAGAGUUUGACAACAUGAUGAGAAAUCACAAAAUUCCGGCUGCUUUGGGUCAGCAGAGUUACUCGAUACCGCUGACUUUGCCCAUCACAAACCCCACCAUCCUGUCCUACAGUACAGACAACUCUCUGGACACCCCAGUAUCCCUCAGCGGGACGAAUGUACUGUCUGUAUCCUCCAACACUCCCCAGAGCAACAACAGCACUGCUGUCAUGGAUGGGAUGCAAGGCGCCACUCUUCCAAAUGGUGUGCACUCCAGUUAUGUGGCCAAUGGAUUUGUUGGCAGUUCAGAAGGAAACCGUAUGGGAAGAGUUGUUUCGGCAAAAUCUCAAGCGUCGUCAGCAGGGGGCCAUAAACCUGAUCUCAGAGUGCUCAUUCCUCCUGUGUGCAAGCGCACUGUCUCUUCACUGCCGCAAGAGGAAGGAAAGAAACAUUUGCAAAUAGACAACUCUCAGUCCAGCCAAUCACUGACUACGCCUGUGAUAUCCGUGGCAACCCCCAGUCUGCAUCCUCAGGGCCUUGUAUACUCAGCCAUGACCUCGUCAUUCAGUACAGAUUUUGCCCUGAGCAGUACAGAGCCCAGUUCUUCACACAGCUUCAGUUCCCCAGAUGCUGUCACAUCAGCAUCAGGGUCUUCAUGGAAACACAGUCAACAUGGUCAGCCAGGCUUCAGUGCUCAGAGAACCACACAACCUCAAGUUCAGGCCUCGGACUCUUCCAGCAACUCCAUCAGCAUCAAAUCAGAGCCCAUCUCCCCUCCAAGAGAGCAUGCCGGCCCCUCGCUGUACCACACCAUCCACCCCAGGCCUCGGCCCAACUCCAGACAAGAAGUGGGCCGCUCUCCUGCUGAGAGCUUCAGCUCUUCUGGUAGUUCAUAUGAGGGCAGUGACCGUGAGGACCAGCGGCUGGACUCUCACACAGUUGCAGCAUCAUCAGGACAAAGCAGUCGAUCAUCACCAGAGACCGAGAACCAGGAAGAUCCCUCAGUCAAACGCAUGCGCACAGAGAGCUGGGUAACUUAGGAUGGCUUUUUUAAAUAACAUUUCAGAUAUGCAGACUGCUGCUGUAGUGCAACAAACACAAAGUGCUGCUUUAAAAGAGUCUCUGAAAGGUAAAAACACAAAGACAGUUAUUGUGAAUGGGUGUGUUCUGUUGUUUGUAUUGUUUUAGGAUUAACAAAGUUACGAAGUGUCUGACUCUUUGUUUUUCUCCAUAGAGGGUUAGCUUUGCUGCAUUAUUUGCAGUAUAUUAUUUUUUGCGAGCCAAAUGUGUUAUUUUACCUUUUGUAUGUUUAUCUGAAUCCUCGUUCAAAGCCAUAUAAAUAUUGAUAGGGAUUUACUAUUUGCUGUCAUUUAGUGCAAUUAAAAUUUUUAAAAGACAUUUCAUUUUGUUUCAUUUUUGUGCUACAGAAAAAAAAAAACAAAGAAAAAAACCCCCUAUUUGAAAUGGCAAACUUAAUCUUCUGUGGAGUGUUGACUUGUCGGUUGCACUUUAUUUUACAGUACGUGUACUAACAUGUACUUAUAGUGAACUUACAGUGUAUUUAUCUAAGAAAGUUCUGGUAAUACAAGGUAACUACAUGGGGUAGGGUUAGGUUUAGGGGUAGGUUCAGGGUUAGUACCUAGUUAUUACAUAGUUAUUGUAAUUACUAUAAUAAGUACAUAGUAUGUACAUGAGGAACAGGACUGUAAAAUAAAGUGCUACCGACUUGUCUGUCAAGUUUUAGAUGAACCUCAGGUAUCUGCAUUUCAAUCAUCAACUGGCAGCCAAAUAACACUUUCAGUUCUUUCAAGAUUUGUGGUGGAUAGAUGAUAAAAUGGCCCAAAAAUCAUUGAUUAAUUAGAUUUAUUAAUAUAACCACCUAGCAACGCCUUUGUGGAUGAUAAAAUGAUCUAAUCAUAAUUUGAAUUUUUUUUUUUUUUUUUUCUUAAAACUACAAUCCUUCUAUAAGAGAACACAUUAUAAACAUGUCAUAUUCAUAAUCAAAUAUCUAAACAUCUGUGAAUUAGAUGUUUAAUAUACACAAUGUAAAUAACUGUCUGCCUGAUUACACAAGCAUUUAAAAAACAUAUGAAAAGUAUUUAAAUGUCUUUUAUGGUGUUUUUAUCCUUUAUUCUGAUUCUGCUGAAUGUGACGGGGAUGCUGUAAAGGUACAGUCGAGUUUAUAGCCAAUUUCUAGAUGUUUUGUGAGGUUUCUGAUGAGACGUUCAGGCAUUUUGCUGCUAAUACCAGGUUUUAUUUGACAGCUUUCCUCUUUCCUGACACAAUAUGUUCAUUAGGCCAAUGCCCUCAAAAUCUUCCUUCAUGACAUAUAAAAUCAUUUUACACUGAUGCCAAUACAUUCUAUGGAACUCUGUUAGUUGUUUUUUUCUCAAAUCCAGGUGACCCCUUUAUUGUUUGUUAUUCUAAUAAAUGGCAAUA